UUUAAAAAAAUUAAGCAAAAACAAUAAUAAUUCACAGAAAGUGUCCAAACGUUGUUGUAUAUUGGCACAAGGCCACUAUUUAAAAAGUUAUAAACUCAAACAAAAUACCAUUUAUAAAUCAACCAAAAAGAAAAUCGAUUUCUGAAAACGCAAAUUUGUGCAAAAACAAUCAACUAAAAAGAAUCUUUGUAAAUCAGGCGAACAACAGCACCAACAAACAAAGCAAAAACGAUCACUGUGUUCUAAAUAUCAAAACAAAAGUAACCUUUUGUUUUAUUUGAGAAACAAAAAAAAAAAACUCGUAUCAAUUAUUUAAACAUCAAAAACUGUACAAAUUUUGAAUCGUAUUCUGAAGUUUUAACAUACAAUUUAAUUUAAUUUAUUGCCAAAAUUAUUUAAAGAUUACAGUUAGUGGAUAUUUAUUUAUUUAAGCGAUUUAGAUAGUGUUAAAAAGUUAAUUUUCAUUGUUACGGGAUAUACAAAAGUGAUCAUUUUCAACACAUACGGGCACCCUUCAUAUUAGGAAGACAUCUUUUUCUGACGAAAAUGAACGCUCGCUCACAAGUCUUUGACCUUACGAUCGAGGGUCGUCAAGUUGACGAGGCUGUUGCCAGCAUUUUUCAUACGGUGCUUUUUCAUCGCUGCCAAGGAAAGUAUUUAUACACAGGCGAUGCUCAAUAUUCCAUCGGCACAAUCGGUUACACUGACGUUGAUUGUGAUUUCAUCGACUUUACCUACGUUUGCUGCACUUCGGAUGGUCUAUUGCGCUCUGUUAAACGCGCAAUUAACGUUUUCAGCGAGAAGCUGCGUUCCAAUGAAAGUUGCGGUUCGGGCCAGAUUAGUUUGGAGUUUUUCCAGAAAAGGAAAUCACGUUGGCUGUUCCAGCAGGAGUGUAUACCGUGGGAGGUGUGGACAGUCCAUUUAGAUUUAGUAAAAUACGAAAAUGAAGACGAACGGCAAAUGAGUAGAGAAAAUGUUUCAGACUUACUCACAGAGAAAGUUAUAUACAUAACUGAAUUGAUGAAUCGUUCAGACUAUGUGCCCAAGACACCGAGUCAAAGUGAGCUGGAUCUCAUUUUUGACACCUCGUAUCCCGAUGUGCAGCCAUAUCUAUUCAAAUUCGACUACUCAACUGCAGGCUCACAGACACCAUCGGUCACCAAUACUGUUAAAAAGAUCAUCAAGGAAACAUUUACGUUGUGACGUGUGGUUCUCGCGAGUGAGUGCAGCCACCGCCAACAACAAGAGCAGCAGCAGUUGCAAUUAGAACAGCUAAAAAUCGAAAAACUACAACCUGUAUGUGCUAAGGAUACGAUCGUUGUGGCGGAUGGAAAGUACUUCAGUGGCGGUACAAGUAUUAUGAUUUCUCAAGUAUGCCGAGCGCAGAAUAGCACAGCAAUCGAUGAGGACACAAAACAGCUCAAGUCCACCUAUGUAGGUGGUAAACAAAGCGAACGCAAAUCAAUUUUGGCCAUUAUGGGUGGAUUAAUUUUGCUAUUUUUGCGUCAACACAAUCGCUUGGGCUCAUUUUAGUUGCACUUAACUAAUUACACAAUACAAUAUGUAUACACAUGCAUAGAUAGUUGCUAAACUCAACUUUAUUGUUAAUUAUUUACGGCUAAAUUUACUUGCAACGUAAGUGUGUUCCACUCUGCGCAUACUAAAGCAAGGAAACCAAUGCAAAGAAGGGCUCAGUUUGUUAAAUAAAACGAAGGAGAGUUAAAGCAAAUAAAAUAGAAUAAACGAUUUUCUAGCGAAACAAAUAUUUAUUAUAAACUAACGUAAAAAAUAAUUUUGAAUUCAGAAACAUAAGCAAAUAAGCAUAAAUCGUUUAUAAAUUAAUUUAACAACAAUCGAUUUGAAUUUUUAAUAACUUUAAUUUUUCUUUUGCGGUAUUAUAUGCUAUAACAUUAGUUUAAUGAUCUCCAACGAUAAUUAACCCUCAAAUAAGUUUGCAUAGAUUGAACGCCUAUUUGUAUAUUAAGUAAAAUUAGAAUGCGGUAUAGACAAACUAAGGGCAUAUUAUAUAAUAUGUUUCUUAAUACUUGAGCUUGAGGGAAGUUCUUUCGAAUAUAAAUCUAAAUAUAUUUAUAAUUUACAGCUUUUUGUUUUCUGAAAUUUAUAUCCCAAAAAUAACGUCUAUUGUCUUUUAUUUGCUUUAUCUGUACACAUUUUGAUAAAAACAAAAAAACGUAUGCCACCACCAAGAGCUAACCAUGCAACUUUCAUUAAUUUCUUCGUUCAUUACUGUUAACGAUUUUUUACUUACUUUUUAAUAACUUUUUUACGAUUAAUAUUUAACGCAUGCAAGCAGUUGGCGGCAAAUACGUUAUUACAAUGCGUAACUGUGUCCCUGUUUUGUCAGAAGCAGGAAUGUGCAAAAUUUACAAUUUUGAGCUAACCUUUGGAUAGGCUAUGCUAUACCAAAACCCGGUAUGUACCAGGUGUACAAGGAACCCACGAACAACUUUUUUUAUCAGAAAUCCAACCGUCUGAUUUUAGGAGAGCGAAAACUUCUUACCUACCAACAUUUUCAUUUUUACUCAUUCAGAUUGCUGGCAUGAAGGAGGCGGUGUUAAUAAAAAAAAAGAAAAUGAAUUCUGAUUAAAUCUACAUUUUCAUGUGCUUUUAGUUUUUAAUCCCUUGAAAAAACUUUAAUUUUUUAUCUUGAGAGUUUUACUUUCUUGCUGGUUUGUGGCUUAGUUUGCGUUGUAUUGCCAACACGUGGAGAAAAAUUAAAAAUAAACCUAAGCCUCAAAUAUUUAAAAUUUAACUGAAGCAAAUUUGUAUGUUUUAUUUAAAAUCAAAAAUUUUAUUGGAAAUGAAAUGCUUGAAGUAAUUCAAGUGUGUUCAAAUGCGCCUACAUUGAUUUCCGUUAAUGAUGAAUCAUUCUUCUGCCAAAGUUUGGGUUCCAAAGUUGGCAUUUUAAUUAAUUCUUUUUAUACUCGCUUGCGUCUUGAAUUAACUUUACGUUUCACUAAUGAACGGCAUGCAAUAUUAUGUAUAUUUUUUAUAUUACGUUAUGCAUUACUAUGUUAUGUUACUUGAAAUUAAGGUAUAUCGUUUAAGACAUACAAAGCGUACCUUCGUUAGAAAAUUUGUAACCCUACAUUAAGGUGAAUUAAUUCAAGUUGAAUAAGAAGUUAGGCUUAUGUUUUAUUUCAUAUGAUUUUUGUGAUCUGCAAAGAUAUGAAUUUGUGCAAGUGUGUAUAGUUUUUAUUACUAAUUUCGAUGUGUCAAACGUGAUAUCUAAACGAUGUUCAACUUGCAUAACGAAGCGGUAGUUCGUAUUCCUUAAGCAAUUCGAUAACUCUAUGUAACUUGAACAUAUUUUUCUACUAUUCAGUAGUUGUAAUACGUGGGCGAAUGAGACGUUAUUUUUUUUUAAAUAAUUUUGUUAAUUUAAUAUUUUUUACUUUUUUAUAAAUCCAUAAAAUUGGAAUAUCUGUAAAAGCAAACCUCAUUAAAAAGGAAGAAGAAGAAAAGCAACAAAAAGGGAACCAUGAUAAAUAUAGCAAAUUGAAAUGCUGUAAAUUUUUUGUUGUAGCAAAUGAAUUACAUAUUAUCAACUGAACGAACUCACCUGACCCAACGUACAUACUAUGUAGUUUAUUUGUCCACACACACGUUUUUAAACAAAUAAAUAAAUAACUAUGAAACAUAGAGAUGAA